AUGGCCAUAAACUGUAAACCAGAAGACAAUACCUACGGGAAAACAGAAGACAAUACCUACCAGAAACCAGAAGACAAUACCUACCGGAAACCAGAAGACAAUACCUACGGGACACCAGAAGACAAUACCUACAGGAAACCAGAAGACAAUACCUACCGGAAACCAGAAGACAAUACCUACCGGAAACCAGAAGACAAUACCUACCGGAAACCAGAAGACAAUACCUACCAGAAAUCAGAAGACAAUACCUACCGGAAACCAGAAGACAAUACCUACGGGACACCAGAAGACAAUACCUACAGGAAACCAGAAGACAAUACCUACAGGAAACCAGAAGACAAUACCUACGGGAAACCAGAAGACAAUACCUACGGGACACCAGAAGACAAUACCUACGGGAAACCAGAAGACAAUACCUACGGGAAACCAGAAGACAAUACCUACGGGAAACCAGAAGACAAUACCUACAGGAAACCAGAAGACAAUACCUACGGGACACCAGAAGACAAUACCUACAGGAAACCAGAAGACAAUACCUACAGGAAACCAGAAGACAAUACCUACGGGACACCAGAAGACAAUACCUACAGGAAACCAGAAGACAAUACCUACCGGAAACCAGAAGACAAUACCUACCGGAAACCAGAAGACAAUACCUACCGGAAACCAGAAGACAAUACCUACCAGAAAUCAGAAGACAAUACCUACCGGAAACCAGAAGACAAUACCUACGGGACACCAGAAGACAAUACCUACAGGAAACCAGAAGACAAUACCUACAGGAAACCAGAAGACAAUACCUACGGGAAACCAGAAGACAAUACCUACGGGACACCAGAAGACAAUACCUACGGGAAACCAGAAGACAAUACCUACGGGAAACCAGAAGACAAUACCUACGGGAAACCAGAAGACAAUACCUACAGGAAACCAGAAGACAAUACCUACGGGACACCAGAAGACAAUACCUACAGGAAACCAGAAGACAAUACCUACGGGAAACCAGAAGACAAUACCUACGGGAAACCAGAAAACAAUAUCUACGGGAAUCCAGAAGACAAUACCUACAGGAAAUCAGAAGGCAAUAUCUACGGGAAACAAGAAGACAAUACCUACCAGAAACCAGAAGACAAUACCUUACACUCUCUCUCUCUUUGUGUUACCCUAUAA